UCGAUCACGCUCUACUCUCCACGAGCAACGAGCUAGUCUCGUCGCGAGCGAUGCUUCGCUCUGUUUUUUCCGUCGGGCAUGGAAGGCUGGCCGUGGCGUUCGAAGGCGGUCACGUGCUGGAAGUGGGCGAAAGCAGCAGCGGCGAGACUUACAGAGUCGCGCACCUGCGGCAUGGAAGUAACAGCAGCGGCAGCAGCAGUAGCAGCACGCCCAGCCCCACCACUGCCACCGGUGACGCUAAGAAUGAGAUUGUAUCAUCACGAGCGCCGCGAGAUGCAGCAGCAAAACCGGAAGAGACACGAGCGGCAGCAGCAACAACUAAGGGGGCGGGAUCGUCGGGUGCUGCCGUAGACAUCGCCUACUCCGCGGACGCGUCCAUGGUCGCCCUGGCCACGGAAGACAAACAGGUGUGCGUGUGGCGAACAGGUGCAGAGUCGGGCACAACGGCGGGGACCGCUGAAGCGCCGGCGGAGGCGGCAGCAGCAGCAGAAUCCGGACACCUGCUGGGAAGACGGGAGCUCCCGAAGAAGCCGACCAGCAUUUUGUUCGCGCCUGUGGUGGUACCUCGCGCCGAUGGCGCCGCCGCCACGAGGGAGAAGACGCAAGAGGUUGUCGUGGUUUCCGACAAAUGCGGGGACGCCUACGCUGCUCCCUUGCCAGACCCGUCCUCGGCGCUCAAGCACCUCCUCGGGCACACGGCCAUGACCAUCACAGCGAUGGUUACCCUCAAGGGGGGGCAGCUCUUGGCCACUGCCGACCGGGCAGAGCACGUUAGGGUCUCCCAGUUUCCUCGCACUACGAUCGUGCACACCUAUCUCCUCGGACACCAAGACUUCGUGUCCGCGCUGGCGGCGGUACCCGGAGAGGGGGGCGCAAUGCUGCUGUCGGGAGGCGGGGACGGCAGGGUGGGCCUUUGGGACGCGGAGGCUGGUCGAGAGCUAGCAAUGAUUUCGGUGCGCCAGGCCUGCCAAGACCUGGCGGACGGCGAUGACGCCUCCGAGGGAGUUGCAACGAUGGACCUCGAGGAGGAAGAGGGCUCGAAAGAGACCGCCGCCGCCGCUUCUGGUGGGGGGGGNGGGGGGGGGGGGAGCGGGGACGCAAGCAGCAGCAAAAACGGUGUUGCUGAUAGUAGGGGAGAGGGGGAAGCAGGAAGAGGGGGUGACACGAGCGAGACUCCAAAGGGGAGCGGCGGUGGGGGUGGGGGGGGGGGCGUGCCCCUAAGCGUGUCUUGCAGCGAGGAUGGAAGAACCGUGGCCGUCGUUGUCAGCGGAGAAGGGGCAGAGGGGGGGGCGGGGGCGGGGGCUUCUUUCUCCCUUACCCCGCGGGCUCGCUUGCAGCUGCCGUCGGUGCCCAUCCAGGCAGGCUUCCUCGAUGGAGACCUUAUCGUGGCCUUACCCUCGGCGUCUUCGGCCGAUUGCCUGCAGGCGUUCAGCCUUCGAGAUGGCGUGGGAGAGGGUCCGGUGCCGGCGAAGACCGGCAGCGCUAGGGAGAAGUGCAUGAGCAUCAACGCCCGGGCGAGAGAACAACCUAAUGGCGGUCUGGUCCUGCAAGCGGCGGUGCCCGACGACGACGCCACGGAAGCGCUGGGAGGGGGGCUGCGAAAGCACAAGGGGACCAGAAACGCGGGGAAGAGCCCGGACGGGUGGAACAACUUCAGCAAGAGGAGGGACAAGAAGCCGGACAAGAAGAGGAAGAAGUCGAUGCCGAGGCCGGCAUCGGCACCGCCGGCCAAUACCGCCGCUGCGUAGAACAGUCGCCGUUGUCUUGCCGGUGCUGAGUGCUGUCCAAUGCGUCGUUUUUUUGGUGGAACACGCACGGCGGCUUACUCUGUUGCAUGAACGGUGUUGUAACCCGGUUGGAAGGAAUGGUGCGGAAUCAUGCGAAACAGGCUUGGAUCACGAGGGGGGUCUCCCAAAGCGGUAUCGUAAGGCAUGAUGUAACGCGCGCCACAGCUCUUGUU